AGGGAUGAAUACGACUUCGUGGUGGUGGGCGCCGGGUCGGCCGGGAGCGCGGUGGCCGCGCGCCUCUCGGAGGAUCCCGCCUGGACGGUGCUGCUGCUGGAGGCCGGCGGAGACCCGCCGCCCACCGCCGACGUGCCCCUCCUCUUCCCCGCCCUGCAGAAGACCGAGGUGGAUUGGUCGUACCUGACAGAACCAGAUGGGCGCAGUUGCUUGGCACACAGAGAUGGAAGGUGCGCAUGGCCACGGGGCAAGACGCUGGGUGGUUCCAGCGUGCUCAACGCCAUGAUGUACGUCAGGGGCAGCCCGCAGGACUACGACGGCUGGGCGUCGCUCGGCAACGACGGCUGGUCGUACGAGGAGGUGCUGCCCUUCUUCAAGAAGUUGGAGGCCUUCGACGAGGAGGAGCUGGAGAGGAGACCGCACGUGGCAGCCGUACACGGGCGCGAUGGGGCCAUCCGCGUGUCCAAACCGGCGCGUCUGGAUCCCGCUUAUGACGCUUUGGACGCUGCCGCCACAGAGCUGGGCUUCAGAAUUAUCGAAGACUACAGCGCCGAGCCGAUGGUGGGUUUCGGACAAAUACACUGCUCUAUAAAGAACGGAACGAGAUGGAAUGCCGCUCUCGGAUACCUCGCACCUGCCAAAGAGAGGGUAAACCUGCACGUCCUAAAGUCCGCUUACGUAACGAAGAUACUGAUUCGGCCUGACACGCAAAGUGCGUAUGGGGUGCAGUUUGUUAAAGACGGAAAGGUACAGGAAACUAGAGCGACGAAGGAAGUAAUUGUGUCAGCAGGAGCUAUCAACACACCUCACAUACUAAUGCAUUCUGGUAUCGGACCAAAGUCCCAUUUGGAAGAAGUCGGUAUAACAGUGAUAAGGGACCUCAGAGUAGGGUAUAACCUGCAGGAUCACUUAUCGUAUGCCGGGCUCUACUACACGAGGAAGCCUUCGGCGAGAAAAACGUUAGAAGAGUCUGUGUUCGAAUACCUGAUGAACAGGACAGGUAUCCUAUCGACGACAGGCCUUACUUCUUACACGGGAUUUAUCCAGACGCGGCGCGCACUACACAGCAUUCCAGGUUUUCCCGAGGUAGACCCGGCGGGCUACCCAGAUAUACAGCUGAUUUUUGUCUCUGUGGAUAGUUCUACAGCCAGCUUACUAGCAGACGUCUUCAACUACAAGGAAGAGGCUACACUCGCUCUGAAAAAUAUGACGGUGAGCGAGGACGCGGUGAUGGUGAUGACGACGCUGCUGGCGCCGCGGAGCCGAGGUCGCGUCAGGCUGAGGAGUGCCGAGCCGCUGGAACCGCCGCUGAUCGAGACCGGCUACCUCGCCGACCCGCGAGACCUCGAGACGCUACUGGACGGCGUGGAACUGAGCCACCGUUUGGGUUCCACGGAGGCGAUGCAGGCGGCUGGCUACGGCGUCAGGGACCUCCCCUUGAGCGAGUGCGGGCGUCGGGCCCGGGGAGGCCGCGACUACUGGAGCUGCGCCGCGCCCCACCUCGGCGCCACCGUCUACCACCCGGUGGGCACCGCCAAGAUGGGACCCUCUAGCGACGUCGGCGCCGUCGUCGACGCGCGCCUCAGGGUGCACGGCGUGCGCGGCCUGCGCGUCGCCGACGCCUCCGUCAUGCCGCUGAUCGUGCGCUGCAACACCAACGUGCCGUCAAUCAUGAUCGGGGAGAAGUGCGCCCACAUGGUGGCCGAGGACUGGCGCCAGCGCGGAAAGCAGUGAGGGUGCUGUCUCGACUGGGGAAGAGCAGCCAUAAAAGGCUCUACCGACGCACGACGUCGGCAUCGGGAUAACAAAGUGACUAACGGCCAGCUGUUUACAGGUCAGCUGCCAUAGCAACAGCCAGUCAGAGCUCAAGAUUGGUCACAGCUGCUGUCCUGCGCUCUGCAACCUCAGCAGCCGGUUGCCGGUUAGCUGUGGACAACGGUUUCGGAGUGUUACAUAAUUGUUGUGACUGUUAUCACGCAGGGUGAUUCAGUGAUGAUCUUGCAAACUUUCACAGAUGAUGGACAAGAAUAAAUGUAUCUGAGGUAAGGGAUCCUGAUGCGGAAACUAUCGAGUCGAAAGCUGUAGUGAAAAUCGUUCUGAUACCUCUGACAGCAGAAAACAUUUACUGGUGCCGUUGUUGCUAAGAUUGUAGGGGCGGCAACUUCUAGAGUUCAUAGCAUGCACGAAAACUAGAACAAAAUGUCCAGUAAACAUGGGCUCCAAAGUGCAUACCGUUACCUUAAGAGCGAUGAGCACUUGUUCAUCAUCGCUACUGUGAUACUCUUCUACUGAAAAAGUGCUCAUUGCUCUCUUAAGGGGGGUAGGAUGUCAA